GAUUAUUUCUGUUGCGGUUUGGAGGACAAUCAUAUAAUUCGUGAGACGACUUUAGAAUACGAUCAACCACAACGUUUCAUUGCUUAUGGCAGUACUUUUCAGAUUGAUUACACAUUACUGAUCAUUGGUUUGAUUGUUAGUAUAAUUCUGAGUGUUCUUUGUUCAUUCUUAUGUUGCCUUCUAUGCAACGGAUGUUGGCUUCAUCGACGACGCAAUCCGCAAUUAUACGAAUCCGUAAACGAUUCCGGAUUCUAUCCAUUAUGCUGCGGAUUUGGUAUUCCGAUGGGAACGAUAGUAUUUAGCACACAUCCGCCAGUGUUUCGGGAUGAAUCAGAGCUUUAUACCGGAUCAUCAGUCUCAUCGUACGGUAAUCGAAGUCGAGUUCGAUUUAAUGAUAAUGGUACUCCGCGUGGAGUAUUGAAAGGCAAUUUGAAUGCAUCUGCGGGGUCAUGA